CUCGCUGAGAAACAGAGGGAGGCCUCUCGAUAGAACAGUUCAACCCGGUGCCAGAAUAUCAUCGCGGUUUCAAGUAUCAAGUUUGUGUUUUGUCUCACGUCCUUUUGGAGUGCGAGCUUUUCACGAGCCGGAAUCGUACACGGGUUAUUUGGCAGCAAUGUCAACAGAAAUGAAGUGCAGCUAGCUUAGCAGAAUCAGUUGUGCUGCCCAUCCAGCUUGCAAGUCCAGUCAAGGGAAAGUUCCGACCUUCCACUGUGGUUGUUCCCUGGGUGACAAUGGAACCAUCAGGAGGCUGUCUAUCCGGUCCGAGCAACCAUAAUUUGAAUCCAGCAGGCGAUUGGGGUCACUGGGAGGUCAGUGACAAGGUCAGGCUGUGUCGCUUCCUGUGCUAUGGCUCUGAGGGAGACGUAUACACGGCCGCAGAAGAUUCUCAUCUGGACAUGGCGCAAGCAGGAGCCCUGCUUUCCAUGCUUCAGGAUGGCCGAGGUAUUGAAACUGUGAACGAAAUCAGAAGGUUUGCUCAAGACGGACGAAGUGUCAGACUUGACCCCUCCAUUUUUGCGUUGGCGCUGUGCUCCCAGCACUCUGAAGUGACGACCAAACGUGCGGCGUUUAAAGCUGUGAAGGACGUUUGUCGGGAUCCCGCCCAUCUAUUUUCUUUUAUCCAAUAUAAGAAAGAAUUGAAGCAGGACAUGAAGUGUGGAAUUUGGGGCCGUGCACUGAGGAAAGCCGUGUCUGACUGGUACAACGGGCAAGAUGCCCUGAGUCUAGCUGCGGUUGUGACCAGAUGUAAACAAAGGGGGGGAUGGUCACACCAGGAUAUACUCAGGCUAUCUCACACCAAACCAGCUGAUGAAGCCAUUGCCUUGAUCAGCAAAUAUGUUGCAAAGGGAUGGAAAGAGGUCCAAGUUUCCUAUGGUGAUAAAAACAACACUGAGGAGGUUGUCAAAGUGCUUUCAUAUCUUGAAGUGGUGGAGAAGGUCAAGCACAGUUGUGAUGAAACAGAGGUCAUCAAUUUGAUUGAGGAGCACAAGUUGGAGAGGGAGCAGCUUCUUACUGACCACCUCAAGUCCAAAUUAGUUUGGAGGGUGCUGCUGAAGGAAAUGGCAAUUCAAUCAGUUCUCCCGAUCCUAGGAAAGAUGACAGCCAAAAAGGUGCUUGAGCCUGGGGGGGCGGAAACCCAAGCACUGUGUGCGAGAAUCCAGACUGAGGCAGCAUUAAAGAACGAAGAGAUGCACCCUUUCAGCAUACGUUUGGCUUCCGAACACUACAAAAGAGGUCAAGGCUAUCAGGGUAAAACAAAAUGGGCAGCAGACAGCCACAUCCUCAAAGCCCUGGACGUUGCCUUUUAUAUGAGUUUCUUGAAUGUGGACCCAGUCGGUAAAAGCUUUGUUGUGGCUGUGGAUGUGAGCACAUCGCUGAGCAGUGUUGUACCUGGGACAUCAAUCAGCACGGCAGUCGCUGCUGCAGUAAUUACUAUGGUGUUUGCGAGAACAGAGAUAGACACCCAUGUACUGGCCUACUCUGAAGGCUCUUUGGUGCCAUGCUCUGUAUCUGCUGACAUGACUCUGGCACAAACAACCGAUGAACUCGUAAAGAUCCCCGGAGGAAGCACUGACUGCACUCUACCCAUCACUUGGGCCAUAGAGAAUGGGAAAGCUGUAGAUGUGUUCAUCAUUCUAACCAACAACCCAAUGUGGACUUUCGCUGCAAGCCCAGUGGUAACACUAAGGAAACACAGACAGAAAUCAGGAUGCAAUUCCAAGUUGGUGAUGUGUGGGCUGACAUCCGUAGGACACACAAUCGCUGACACAGAGGACCGAGGUCUACUGAGUAUCUGCGGUUUUGACCUCGGAGCCUUUAGCGUCAUUCGUAACUUGGCACAGGAUCUAUUGUGAAAGUGUUCAGUCCUCUCACUGGCAUCAUUUGACUGAAACAUGAAGGAGCACAGUCAACAAACAUGGUUCAUGUACAAUAUAGAGUGCUCCUUAAAAAGCAGCAAUCCAAAAGUCAUCGUUUCUCUUUUGUGUUUUGUUGCUGACAAUGCGUCCAGCAGGCUGGACAGUCUCGAAUUCUAAUGUGCGUAUAUCUUUGUCGCUUGAAAAGGCAAUUGUGACAUUGGUUGCAGAUUUGACGCUCCAACACCAAUCUCUUCAUUUGCCGCUUCUAUGCUGUGAUACUCAAGGGCCGUCAACAUCAAGACUGAUGACAUUGCGAGCGUCCGAUGCUGGUGAAAACAACCUCAUGUAAUCCAAUAGCGUUUGAUUGGCUAUUAGUAGCAUCCUUUGUACUGAUUGCACAAUGUUUCUUUCCAUGGACUCCAUCAUCGGAAAUUGUAUUUUAUUGGUGCUCUGAAUCGCAGUGAUGCAUUGUGAAGAGUUUUCUUGUGUAAUGUUUGUGUGUGACUAUGAAUCUGAAUCUGUUUACUGUGUUGGAGCUAGCCUGAAUUAUAUGCAUCACAGUUGUGGUUUUACUGUAAUGUGUCCAGGAAAAGUGAAUGGUAGUUAUUUAACAACAUUUUAUCUAUACUGAAUCUGUUUCAUGUUUGUAAGAGAGAAUAACUAACAAGAAUAUAUUUUAAAAACCUAGAUGUACUUUAAUAAAUGAGUUAACUGUACUAAAGUGAGUAUUAGGCAUACUUUUCUGUAAUACAGAACAAACGUGUUGUAUUUGGUUAAGUAAACGGCAUUGACUUUAUAGUCUACAACAUUCGCUUUUUUCACCUCUGUUUUGGUGAUAAUAAACAUCUGGCCAAGUUACUGUAAAGGAUUUCAUCCAACACUCACUUUGAGUCAUUGUGUUAAAUGAUGACUUAAUGACAAUUGCUAUAAAACAUUUUAAUUGUGGUUUUUAUGUCAAUCCAAACUUUGAAGGUGAGGGUCUAAAAAACAACUAGCAAAUGUGUGAUUAAAUAAGAACAUUUUCCCAAUGCUUUUAUCUACACAUUCUAAUAGUAUUUAACAGGUGCCAAUGUAAAAACCUAAUAAAUAUUUGUA